CGGAUCAUAGACGGCGGCAGCCCGCAGGAAACGCGUCUUUGGAUUAUCCUCCGUUUACUUCUUCACCACUUUUCCACAUAACCCUCUUCCAUUGGAGCCCAAAAAGUUCAAAAUACCAAAAAACAUCGAAACGGGAUAAAGAAAAUAACCGGUUUUUCAUCCUAAAAACACCCCACCUGCUGGAUUUCCCUCUCCUCCUCCCUUUUCACCAUUGCUCUACCCGUUUCAGAAAUACCCAUUUCGUAAAACCCCCCAAAAUCCAAAGAACACAGCGCCCUAAACCUAACCCUCUUCCAAUCGAAGGUCAGCCUAAGUUUAUCUUAGGCUUUUUCGAGUUGAAUAUUCUUAGCCCGCGUUUAAUCUCGGUUCUACCGCACUUCCGUGGAAGCUGGGCGUGCGGGGAAAAAUCAUUGAAGUCACCGUUAUUUAGGUUCGGUCAAGUUUUUAGCUCUAAUAUGGCUGCUGAUCCUCUGACAAGCUCGAAUGGAAAUGCCAAUGUCAAUGCACCACCUAAUCCGCGAAGGACUUAUCAAGUCGUUGUAGCUGCUACUGAAAACAUGGGUAUUGGUAAGGAUGGGAAACUACCAUGGAGGUUGCCUUCUGAUCUCAAAUUUUUUAAGAACAUAACCGCGACAACAUCAGAUCAUGGGAAAAGGAAUGCGAUUCUAAUGGGUCGUAAAACAUGGGAGAGUAUUCCGGCUGAGUAUCGACCUCUACCUGGUCGUCUCAAUGUUGUUCUGACUCGCUCUGGAAGUUUCGACAUUGCCACCGUCGAAAAUGUUAUAAUAUGUGGUAGUAUGACGUCUGCUUUGGAAUUAUUAGCAGCUUCACCUUAUUGUUUGUCAAUAGAGAAAGUGUUUGUCAUAGGUGGUGGUGAGAUAUUAAGGGAAGCUCUGAACGCCCCCGAGUGUGAUGCGGUCCACGUUACUGAAAUCGAGACAAACGUUGAAUGUGACACCUUCAUACCAGCUAUCGACAAGUCUAUGUUUCAGCCAUGGUACUCGUCCUUUCCCGUGGUGGAAAAUAACUUACGAUAUUCAUUCACUAGUUAUGUUCGUGUGAGGAGCUCAACCGAACCACCCAUUGAUCAGAACAAUGGUCUGGUCUCUCACAACAAACCAGAUUCUUUUAACUUCGAAGCUAAGAACUUCUCUUUCCUACCCAAGGAGAUUUUCGAGAGGCACGAGGAAUACUUGUACCUAAAACUUGUUCAAGAAAUCAUCUCAGACGGUACUUCCAAGGAUGAUAGAACGGGAACGGGUACUUUAUCAAAAUUUGGUUGCCAGAUGCGGUACAACUUGCGCAGAACUUUUCCGCUGCUUACAACUAAGAAAGUCUUUUGGCGAGGGGUUGUUGAAGAACUUCUUUGGUUCAUCAGUGGUUCAACCAAUGCAAAGGUUCUUCAGGAGAAAGGCAUUCAUAUAUGGGAUGGCAACGCGUCGAGAGAUUACCUCGAUAGUAUUGGUUUAAGAGAAAGGGAGGAAGGCGACUUGGGACCCGUAUACGGGUUUCAGUGGCGACACUUUGGUGCUAGGUAUACUGACAUGCAUGCUGACUACACUGGUCAAGGAUUUGAUCAGUUGCUAGACGUUAUUAACAAGAUAAAAAAUAAUCCCGAUGAUCGGAGGAUCGUUCUUUCUGCGUGGAAUCCAUCUGAUCUCAAACUGAUGGCACUCCCGCCUUGCCACAUGUUCGCUCAGUUUUAUGUAGCGAACGGGGAGUUAUCGUGUCAAAUGUAUCAGCGCUCUGCUGAUAUGGGCCUUGGUGUUCCAUUUAAUAUUGCGUCGUAUGCUCUUCUGACGUGCAUGAUUGCUCAUGUUUGUGAUCUUGCUUACGGAGACUUCAUACAUGUGAUCGGAGACGCUCAUGUUUACCGUACUCACGUGCGGCCAUUGCAGGAACAGCUUCAGAAACUCCCGAAACCGUUCCCUGUUUUGAAGAUAAACCCCGAGAAGAAGGAUAUCGAUUCGUUCGUGGCAGCUGAUUUCGAGCUAACAGGUUAUGACCCUCAUGAGAAGAUAGCAAUGAAAAUGGCAGUAUAGAACAUGAUCUAGCUGCCCCAGCAGACAAAGGAGACUAAGUUCCUUCUACCACAUAUUCUCCAAAUUUUGAGGUACGAGCACCAGAAGCUUUGGUUGAUAUGAUCUGCAAAUAAAAAGUGUUAAUUGGACAUACUUUAAUACUUUGUCAUAUGUAGUGAGAAUCCUUUAGUCCCUAUGGUUGGUUCUAAAGUGAUUUAGUUCGGUUUUGUAUUUGCUAUAGAUUUGUUCUCGUUGAAAAAAUGGAACGGUUUCACACACGAAUACACGGUCGGUACUAUUAUAAUACCAUGCUACGUACAAAUAUAAUACAAUCUCGAUCGAUCUUUCUUGGAGUUUA